ACUGCUAUUACCAUUUCUUCUCCACAGGCGGAGGAGGAGCUGAGGCACUAAUACCUUGAGACCUUCAGUUUUAUGCUUUUUUGAUUUGCUGAACAGUAGCCCAGUUCUUCAGGACUUCCAGCAGUGUGAAAUGUAAUCACAGUGCAUUUUGGUAGUGGAAUGAUGACUACUGCAGAAGUUGUCAAGAAGAAGCAAAAUUACACUAGUGUGCAUGAAGCAGUGAAAGCUGGGGAUGUAGAACAGCUUGCAUCGAUGAUACAAAGUGGAGCCAGUAUUAAUGAGGUGGAUGUAGUUCACAAAUUUACACCCUUGCAGUGUGCGGCCCACUCAGGAAGUCUGGAGUGCCUUCAGUGGCUGCUCUGGCAUGGAGCUGACACCGCCCGUGUGACUGUGAGAGGCUGGACAGCGGCUCACCUGGCAGCCAUCCGAGGGCAGGAUGCCUGCAUGCAGGCCUUGUUACUGAACGGAGCGGACGCGGCAGCUCGGGACGAGCGCGGGUGCACGGCCGCGCACCUGGCAGCAGCGCACGGGCACUCGUACACCCUGCAGAGCCUGCUGCGCGCUGGGGCGGAUGUAAAUGUUUCAGACAGGAAUAACUGGAAACCUGUUCAUUAUGCUGCUUUUCAUGGUCGCUUGGGAUGUUUGCAGCUUCUUGUUCGAUGGGGAGCAUGUGUAGAUGAUGUGGAUAACAAUGGAAACCUUCCAGCACAUCUGGCAGCAGUGGAAGGACACUUGCAUUGCUUUAAGUUCUUGGUCGGGAAAAUGGCCAGCGUUACACACACUCUGAAAGCCAGGAAUGACCAUGGAGAGACUCCAAGGGACUUGGCUGAGCGAUUCUACAAAGAUAAUAUUCUACAGUAUAUUGAUGGUGUCGAAAAAGAGGAGGAACAUCCAGAGACACAGGAAGUUUUAGCUUUCCCAGCUCAUGAUGCUGCUUUCAAUGGAGACUUGUUAGUGGUGAGAAAACUAGUGAGAAGUGGAGUAGUCAAUAUUAAUGAGAGGAACGAUAAGGGAUCCACACUCCUGCACAAAGCUGCUGAACAGGGGCAUAUCCAUUGCUUACAGUGGUUGGUUGAAAUGGGAGCUGACUGUGACAUUACAAAUGAUGCUGGAGAGACUCCAAAGGAUGUAGCCAAGAGAUUUGGCCAUCUGGCGGCUGUGGAACUUUUGACACCAAGAACUGGAAACAGUAACUCUAGUGAUGAAGAACUAGAUGCAAACAACAUCAAGUUUUUUGAAACACAUGGUGUGGAAGGGAGUACAGAUAGCAAAGAAGAUUUAACCCUGGAUAAGGCAGAGAAAAGGAAUGCACGCAUAAGGGCCUAUCACAAGAUUAAAGAACUUCAGCGACUUCUAGAAAUUGCCUACAGCAACUACAGACAGCUGGGGGGAGUAACUGAAGAGGAGAGGAAGAUGAGAAAAGAAGAAAGGAAAGUUGAGAAGGCUGUGAGGGAGCUGGAGGCGCAGCUGGAAUAUGAGCGAGUCAGGCGGGAGAAGCUCGAGAGCCAGCUGGAUGAUUACCGUGCUGAGAUAAGACAGCUCCGAGAGGGCCGGGGGAAAACACCCCCCACCUCUGCUGCCUCCGCGGAAGCUGAGACAAUGGCCAAGUCUUGCAAAGACGAAAAUAAAGAAGCAGUCAGCGUGCAGCCCAGGAGGAGUGCAACUACACUGAGGAACAAAACUCAAAGGAGGGGCAGCAGACUGGAGGUACAAAAGCAAUAUUCCAGAUAAUGCGAAGUGUUUGCA